GCAUAGCUUAUAAGAUGAAGAGCAACUCAUGACUAACAAAAACAAAACAAAAUGGAUGCAUCUUACAGCGGUGGAAAACGAAAGACGUCUUCGAACACUUCUGAUAAUGUACUGUCAGUAUCGUCAACUGCAAGUCAGUCAUCAUUAAAAAUAGUAAAACCAGUUAUAUUUGAACCUCGUGCUAAAUAUACCGUGUAUAAGAUUAAUGUUUGCAACGAAGAUGGACGGCGUUGGCAUGUCCAUCGCAGGUAUUCCGACUUUGUGCUUUUGAACAAAAAGCUACAGCGUUUAUUUCAAGACAUCACACUUCACCUGCCUCCAAAAAGAUGGUUUUUGGAUAACUUUAACACAAACUUUAUAAAGGAAAGACAAAAAGGAUUGCAAACGUUUCUUGGACAUGUUUUUGAGCGGGAGAAUUUAUAUAGAUGUGACCCUGUUCAGCAAUUUUUUCGUCUUGAUAAACCUCCGGAUCCUGCCGAGGAUUUAGAAGCAUGUCGCAGACAAUGCGAGAUAUUAAUGGAUCAUUGCAACACGUACAAAAUGAACAUAAACCAACAGGGACAAGAAAUAACUCGACUUACCAGAGAAAUCGAAGAUUGGUCUACCCAGAACGAAACAGAUAAAUUAGACAGAGCUGCUGCGACCCGUUCAUUUCUAAUGCAAAAGGAAGAAUUAGAAAGACAGGUACAUGAUCUUAACAAUCACAUCAAUCAAAAAAACAACGAAAUCACCCAACUUCACGAAGGAUACAGACAAAGAGAAACUCGAGCCGAAGAUGAACGUAAGCGCGAACGUGAUGCACGCCAAGCGCAAAUAGCCGAACGCGAAAGAAGAUUCCAAGAAAAACAAAAAAACUUAGAGGCGCUUUAUAACGACAUAGCAAAUUCGAUAUCGGAAUUGGGUAGCAUUAGUGUGGGAAUUGGAGGGCGUUCCAUUGAUUUGCUAACCACUGCCUCUUUAAAUGACCAAGGACGAGACCUUCGUCGAGCAAUGGAAGAGUCUAGGAACGAAAUUAAAAGUUUGUAUCAUGAAAACAUGGAUUUUUUUCGCCAAGAACUAGAAAAUGCUGAAGCAAAGAUGGCUAAACAAAAAAGUGAUCUACAAACGACUAUUAAUCAGCUAAACGAAGCUGAACGAAAUCUGAUAGAAGCCACACGAAAACAUGAAGAAGACGCUAGAUCUAGUGGUUUCCUUAUAAGGCAAUAUCAAACGCAACUUGCUACUCAGACUAGUUACACUAAACAAAUCGAAGAAAAAUAUUUUUACGCCUUGGUGCUGGGCGUAAAAUUGAAUAUGAUACUUUGCGGCCAGAUGGAGGAAUUGUCAAAAGUUCAGUUAGAAUCACAACAGCUUUAUUUUUUAGCUCGAGAAAACCCUGACCUUGAUAUCAUCAACUGGCCAGCGUGGAUCGAACGAUAUAUUAAAGAAAAGCUAGCUGCACUGGCACAACCAACGGCACCAUCACCACCGCCACCUCAACCACCAUCACCACCGCCACCACCACCGCUAUCACAACAGAAUUUAGAGAUUUAAGUGUUGACUAUACGAAGAAUCAAAAGAAAGCCGGCAAAAAUUUUAAAAUUUACAAUCUCGUAUACAGGUUUUCGUUAUCGCUUUUUUUAAUGUCGUUUAGCAGCUGCAAGAAUCUCAGAAAGCAAACAGAAAGUGGGGGCGAGACUGUAAAAUUUACAGCUUAAAACACACAUCGAUUUCCCCUAAAAAAUAUACAUAAACUGCUAGGUUGUUUCAACACCGUUCGAAAGCCACCAAAUAUUCUUCACCCCUCAUUGAUGGCAUGUCACGAUCAGAGUGAAGAUGACUUAGCCCACCCACGGUUUGCGACCCGUAUGGUGUGUGGUAAUUUGUAGCACAAUUAUAAGUGCUAAGUUGUACAUGGUAACUCCAACUUUGUUCCCAGGGUGUCUUGUCUUGAACCGUCAUAAUGGAGUCAAAAUCAAAUCUCGUCUCCAAAGCUCUAUGGAGGAGGUUUGAUUAAAUUCAUCAUAAGACCCUGGAACGGUUUUGUAAUAAAAUAUGAAACCUUUCAGAAAGAUUGUCGCCCUUCCUCUCUCGCCUAAAAACCGGUCUCGAUUGUGUUACAAAUCUGAAUAAUCGUUACACAUCCAUGCUAUAAUAUUUAUUUUAUCGCUCCGUCUGUGGAACUUCGUCCCCAGGGGUUCUUGUCUUUUGAUAUCGAGGGCCGCAGCCUUGUUAGUCGUCAAGUAAGCGCUAGCAACUUUAACAUCAGGCAACAAACCCUGGGGGCGAGGAUGUCUGUUUGCAAGACAAAGAUGGCAGCUGCGAGUAACGAUAGGGGAAUUCCCGUGGAUUUCUUCACUGGCUUACGACUUGUAUUGUGUAUAAUGUUGAUAAAUAAAGAUUAAGUCUAGAAAUAAAUAUAGAAAUAAAUAAAUUUAAAAUAAAUCAGAAGAAGUUGGCGUUGA